CUCUCUCCCCCCCACCCCACUUCCCUUCUCCGCCCCCGUCUUCUCCAGCUCGGCUUGUGCGCCUUUCCUUUCGCCCCCGGUGGCUGCGAGCUGAUCCAUCGUAGGAAGGCAGGAAGAGGAGGAGGAGGAGGGGAAGAGGAGGAAGAAGAAGAAGACCCGCCGAGAAGAGGACCCUUUUUAAAUAUAUCUAUAUAUAUAUAUAUAUCUAUAUAUAUAAGGCGAUCGCAGCGAGCAUCUCGGUUCUCCUGAAUUUGAUUGUAUUUUUUGAAGAAGCAGAGCGCGAGGGAUUCUAUCGGGUUUCUUGGUCUCCGUCUCCACCAGAGAGGAGAGACAGAGAGAGAGAGAGAGAAAGAAGAGGGGGGGGGGUGUCUUCUCUUCCUUUUUGAAUGCCUGCCCCCCGGAGCAAGGCGCGGGUGUCCUCCGACCGAGCAUGAAAAGGACUGCCGGCACCCCAGCCACCCGACGCCUGCAGCGGUCGCCCGGCGCCCACUAUGCGCUCUGGAUCGAGGGGGGCUCAGCUUCGCACAAGUUCUGCCUCCCCGAGCGCAUGAGAAGCCUCGGCGGUCCUCACAUCCCCGUCAAAGAGGAGCGUUAACCCCCCCCUCCCCCGGAGUCCACGGAAUGGCGCAAGAAUGAGAGGGAAAAAGCAGAACGAGAAGCAUGAGCUGGAGGGUUGCUGAGUUCCUCUACUUCCUCUUUCUAUGGGACCAUAUAACUGUCCACCCUUCUCUCCAGGAGCCUGCUGUGACCAACCAACAUGUCUCCAAGGAAUUUGACUGGCUUAUUUCAGACAGGGGGCCGUUCCACCAUUCGCGGAGCUACUUAUCCUUUGUGGAAAGACAUCGUCAGGGAUUUACAACCCGGUAUAAAAUAUACAGGGAGUUUGCCCGUUGGAAGGUGAGGAAUACGGCCAUUGAACGGAGGGAUCUACUCCGGAACCCCGUCCCGUUGAUGCCUGAGUUUCAGAGAAGCAUACGCCUGCUGGGCAGGAGACCCACAACACAGCAGUUCAUCGACACCAUCAUCAAAAAAUACGGCACCCACAUCCUCAUCUCUGCCACUUUAGGAGGAGAGGAAGCAUUGACCAUGUAUAUGGACAAAAACCGACUUGACCGGAAAUCGGGCAAUGCCAGCCAAAGUGUUGAGUCCCUUCACCAGCUUGCCUCUUCGUAUUUUGUGGACCGGGAUGGAACCAUGAGACGUCUUCAUGAGAUUCAGAUCUCCACAGGAGCAAUCAAGGUCACCGAAACACGAACAGGUCCUCUGGGCUGUAACAGUUAUGACAAUCUGGACUCUGUGAGUUCUGUCCUUCUACAAAGCACGGAGAGCAAACUCCAUCUCCAAGGUCUCCAGGUCAUCUUUCCUCAAUAUUUGCAAGAGAAAUUUGUGCAGUCAGCCCUGAGUUACAUCAUGUGCAAUGGAGAAGGCGAAUAUAUCUGCCAAGACAGCCAGUGUGGAUGCCAAUGUGCCGAAGAGUUCCCACAGUGCAAUUGUCCCAUCACCGAUAUCCAGAUAAUGGAAUACACGUUGGCUAACAUGGGCAAAUCCUGGACAGAGGCCUACAAAGAUCUAGAGAAUUCAGAUGAAUUCAAGUCCUUCAUGAAGAAACUACCUAACAACCAUUUCCUGACCAUUGGGAGCAUCCAUCAGCACUGGGGGAAUGACUGGGACCUUCAGAACCGCUACAAGCUCUUGCAGAGUUCCAUGGAGGCUCAACGGCAGAAGAUCCAACGCACUUCCCGUAAACUCUUUGGCCUCAGCAUCCGUUGUCGGCACAAUCCUCACCACCAGCUGCCUAGGGAAAGGACGAUACAGCAGUGGCUCUCCCGAGUCCAGUCUUUGCUUUACUGCAACGAGAAUGGCUUCUGGGGGACCUUCCUAGAGAGCCAACGGAGCUGUGUCUGCCAUGGGAGCACCAGUCUGUGCCAGCGGCCCAUCCCGUGCAUCAUUGGCGGCAACAACAGCUGUGCCAUGUGUAGCUUGGCCAACAUCUCCCUCUGCGGCUCCUGCAACAAGGGCUACCGUCUCUCUCGCGGCCGCUGUGAGCCCCAGAAUGUGGACUCUGAGCGCAGCGAGCAAUUCAUCAGCUUCGAGACAGAUUUAGACUUCCAGGAUCUGGAGCUGAAAUACCUCCUUCAAAAGAUGGAUUCCCGCUUGUACGUCCACACGACUUUCAUCAGCAACGAGAUCCGCCUGGACACCUUCUUCGACCCCCGGUGGCGCAGGCGCAUGUCCCUGACCUUAAAGAGCAACAAGAACCGGAUGGACUUCAUCCACAUGGUCAUCGGGAUCUCCAUGCGUAUCUGCCAGAUGCGCAACAGCAGCCUGGACCCCAUGUUCUUUGUCUACGUGAACCCUUUCAGCGGGAGCCACUCCGAAGGUUGGAACAUGCCCUUUGGAGAGUUUGGCUACCCGCGCUGGGAGAAAAUCCGUCUGCAGAACAGCCAGUGUUACAACUGGACUCUCUUGCUGGGGAACCGGUGGAAAACGUUUUUUGAGACUGUCCACAUCUACCUACGCAGCCGGACUCGGUUGCCCUCCUUGAUGCGUAACGAGACUGGUCAAGGGCCUGUGGACCUUUCCGAUCCCAACAAGCGCCAGUUCUACAUCAAAAUUUCAGACAUCCAGGUGUUUGGAUACAGCUUGCGCUUUAAUGCCGACCUGUUGCGUAGCGCGGUGCAGCAAGUCAACCAGUCCUACACACAAGGCGGGCAAUUCUACUCCUCUUCCUCGGUCAUGUUGCUGAUGUUGGAUAUACGGGACCGAAUCAACAGAUUGGCACCUCCUGUAGCCCCUGGAAAGCCCCAGCUGGAUCUCUUCUCUUGUAUGCUCAAACACCGUCUGAAACUAACCAACACGGAGAUCAUCCGGGUGAACCACGCGCUGGAUCUGUACAACACGGAGAUCCUUAAACAAUCCGAUCAGAUGACGGCCAAGCUCUGCUAACCCCAAUUUUAUGUACUUAUCUAUACAAACUAAUCCUUUUUUGCUGUAAACGGACACACUCAAACAAAAAAAACCCCGAAUAAACAAACAAAGGAACUCGACCGACGUUUAAAAAAAAAAGAGGAAAAAAAGAUUUUAAACAAAAGUACAAAAAAAAAUAUGUAAAAUGUAAUUAAUAAACAAAAGAAAAGGGAGGGGAGAGAAGCAGAGGUCCUCAUUCACUGGGAAAUGAAAAGCAAUUGGUUUGGGCAGCCAUGUAAAUGAGACACCCGUGUUUUGUUGCGCGUCUAAUCACACACACACACACACACACACAAAGGAGCUCAGGAUGUGAAUUUCCGUGAGGUUGUGGCUCCGUCGGAUGUUGAAGCAGCAGAGAUGGGUAGGGGAAAGAUGGUCUUUGGAGAUCUCGUGUAUGUAAUUGUAAAGAUUUCAGCUAUGCAGGUGCCAAACAGAAGAUGGUAAGAGUGUGGAAGAGAGAAAAUUCUGUGUACGUGUACAAAGAAUUGCCAUUUCUCCUGGUGGGGGUGGAAUGGCCAAAGAUAAAACAUUAUUUCUUUUGUGAAG